UCCCGCGCCGGGCCGCCUCCUGCACCGAGCGCAUCUCCAGAGCGGUGCACGAGAAUGCAGGUCCACAGGGGCGCGCGCGCGGGGCUCCUGCUGCCAUGGGGCUGGGUAGCUCUCUGCCUGAUGAGUCUGCUGCAUCUAAAUAACUUGACUUCUGUUGCCACGGAGACUUCUACCCAAGGAACAUCUUCAUCAGUUCCUACAAAUGAGUCCACUGAGGAAAGCAUCACAUCCAGCAUCCCUAGAAAUACCAGCCACUACUUGAUCUAUCAGAACAGCAGUAAGACCAUACCAGCCAUCUCAGAGACUACAGUCAACUUUACAGAUACCUCUGGGAUCCCUUCAAGCUCUGAAAUGCCACACAAUUUUUCACAAUCACAGACUUCCCCAACUGUCAUACUGGCUUCUACUUCAGACAGUGUUUCCACUUCAGAGAUGACCUGGAAGCCCACCCUGCCAUUUGUAAAUGUUUCUGAUUAUUCACCUACUAAUAUCAGCUUUGAGAUGACAUCACCCACUGAGCCAUAUGCUUACACAUCAUCUUCUACCCCAAAUGCCAUUAAGGGAGAAAUCAAAUGUUCAGGAAUCCGAGAAGUGAGGUUGGCUCAGGGCAUCUGCCUGGAACUAAGUGAAGCAUCUAGUUGUGAGAACUUUAAGAAGGAAAAGGGAGAUGAUCUAAUCCAAAUACUGUGUGGAAAGGAGGAGGCUGAGGCUGAGGCUGGUGCUGGUGUCUGCUCUCUGCUUCUAUCCCAGUCUGAGGUUAGGCCUGAGUGUUUGCUGAUGGUCUUGGCCAAUAGCACAGAACUUUCCAGCAAACUCCAGUUUAUGGAAAAGCAUCAGUCUGACUUGAAAAAGCUGGGGAUCCAAAGCUUCAGUACACAAGACCUUGGGAGCCACCAGAGCUAUUCCCGAAAGACUCUGAUUGCAUUGGUCACCUCAGGAGUCCUGCUGGCCAUCUUGGGAACCACUGGCUAUUUCUUGAUGAACCGUCGCAGUUGGAGCCCCACAGGAGAAAGGCUGGAGCUGGAACCUUGAUGGCUGUUGGGAAGAAAAGAGGCUGCACAUGUAGCUGCACCUGCUCUGCCCCCACUCCUACUUCCUCUGUGCUCUCCUCAAGUACCUCACAACCCUGCUUACCAGAUAAUGCUACUUUAUUUCUAUACUGUCCAGGGUGAAGACCCUUAUUACACGGAGAAUGGUGGAGGCCAGGGCUAUAGCUCAGGACCUGGGGCCUCCUCUGAGACUCAGGGAAAGGCCAAUGUGACCCGAGGGGCUCAGGAGAACGGGACCGGCCAGGCCACUUCCAGAAACGGCCAUUCAGCAAGACAACAUGUGGUGGCUGACACAGAACUGUGAUUUGGCUGGGUGGGCAAAACUGGGUGGUAUCCAGGACAGUGGCAUCUCUGUCUCUGACUUCAUGCUGCCUUCAGCUCAUGUCUCACCUUCUCCUACUACAUAUACUUCUGACACUGCUCCUGGGACUCUUCACCUUUGGGGAGGCAGAUAAACUGCCCUCUGCACAUUCAGCUUUCUGAAUCUAAUCUCUGACCUUUGGGUCAUGUUGCGGUGGGAAGAAGCCUAGGUCUAGAGGAACUGCCAAGAAGGUUGGUGGCUAUGUAGCACUUGCCCUGAACCUGUUUCUCCUCUCCUCUCUUGCCUUUUCACAGGAACUCUCCAAAAGACUAGCUUUUCUAAGCUACAACUUCUUCCCAGGAAUCUUUGCUUUUUCUUCUUCUUCUUUCCCUACUUUAGGGAAACCAAGGUAAUCACUGACAUGUGCUCCCUUGCAAGGGUACAGCCAGAAAAGUGCUAUUUUAAAAUAUAUCCCUAAAAAAAAUACAUCCCUUAUAACUUCAAGACACUGUGGAUUUAGUCACCAACUCCUCUCUUGUUCACCUGUUCCUGAAUGUCUGUCUACAGAGGCCAGGACAACUUUCUGAUGGAGCCUGCUCAAUGUUUUAGAGCACCAGCUCAACCUGAUCCCUUGGGCCCACAACAGAAAGUCUCAUUGGUUCAAUGUAGACAGGACAGUGGAAUUAGACUUCGAACUGAGCCUCUGUUUUUUUGUUUAUUUUGUUGCUGGGGAUUGAACCCAGAGCUUCACACAUGUUGGGCAAGUGUUCUACCCUUGAGCUAUCCCAAGCCCUCCUCUCUCUUUUUAUUUAGAGACAAGGUCUCAAGUAUGUGAUCAGGCUUGCUUUGAACUAUAUAGUCCAGGCAGGCCUUAAAUUUAAACUCUUGCUUUAGGCUUCCAUGUAGCUUGGAUUACAGGCUUGAGCUACCAGGCCAAGCUGAGCUAAACGUCCUGACCUGAGCUCUUCAGAGGAAUCCUCUUGCUCUGAGGCCCCUGGCCUUCUCUAAACUAUAUGACUUUCCCCUCCCUCUGACUCCUGGGGGAGCUGUGGCCUCAGUCCCCUGGCAGAUUCCUUUCUGUAUGUGCCUUUCCUAGUCCAAACCCCUUCACUAUUUUAUACCCCUUUGUGAUCAGAGCUUUAGGAUAUCUACAAAGACUAUAUGCUUCCUCUCCUGGGUGGACCCAGGGACCUUUCUCUUAUUUUUCCAAAGGGGAGAACAGGGGUCCCGAUUUUAACGAUGGCUAGGAACAAAACUUUCCAGAGAUGAGAGGACUGGGUGGAUUUUCUUCUGAAUAAACUUGAUGAGUGAGAAUGAUGUAAUUAAAGUGAUGAUGAAAUCUUU